GGAGUGAAGCAGAUAGGACAAAAUACUGUGGGUCAGGCCCGUUGCUCGGCUCACCGACGUGAGAUGAACUCUUUACUGCCACCUUCACAGCGCUGCCGUGACCAGACGACCAAAGGUCCAACGGGGCCUUACAAUCGGGAGAAGUUGCUCAAGUUUUUGGAAGAGAAAGCUAAAAAUGAAAAGGACUGGGAAGAAAAAGUUCCAUACCAACCAGGAGUGAAACGUGGCAAAGUUUUUGUUCCAAAGGAAGAGGAAAAAGAGAACGUCGCCACAAACGAAAUACAGUUUGAUCUUGAGAAUGAAAAAGAGUUCGAACUGGCUCUUUCAGAAGCCGGAGAGUCGGAUUUAAUCGAUUUGGCAGGUAUCCUCGGGAUGCACAGCAUGAUUUCGCAGGCGCAGUAUUACAAUGCCGUCAAAGGAAAGCCUCAGGAAGAGAACGAAAAAACGUUUUCAGGUGAGUUUUCUUUCAUGUCAUCUAGCGUAAAGAUGAUUCCGGACGAACCUCCAAACGAUACAGACGUGGCUGACUGCAUGAAAAGGCUAAGGGCGAACGAUUCAACACUGAAAGUGGUGAAUGUGAACAACAUGAAACUAAUUGCGGCAGCGAAAGAAAGCAGUAGUCUAGAAACUUUUUCGCUGGCGAAUACGGCCUUAAAGGACGCCGAUGCAAAGGGUCUCAUCGACCUGCUGAAAAGUAGCAAGAGCCUGAAGAACCUGAACGUCGAAUCGAAUUACUUGACUGGCGAAAUGCUGGCGUCACUGCUGCGCGCGAGUCUCGACCAACAAGUAUUGAUCGAGUUUCACGCAGAAAACCAGCGAUCAACGCUGCUAGGAGUACAAGUCGAAAUGGAACUUGCGAAAAUCAUUGAGGAGAGUGAGUCUCUAUUGAGGGCGAGAUACCGAGUUGCCGAGGCGCUUGAAAGCAACUACGAACGAGGUGUGUAUAGGUGGCUGUAA